GCUGAAAGAAGAAGAACGAGUUGAUUCUCUGUUUGUAUUACGUCUUAGUUAACUCAGUUCUUAACUCAAAAAAAAAAACCAUGUGAUCGCUGUGCGAUAUUCUACGUGUAUCCUAUACUUUAACGCAGGUUAACCUGUAAAAAUAAUUUGGUUAUUGGGUUACUCUGCGUGUUAAAACCUGUUUCAACACGGGAAAUUUCGAAGGUUGUACAUGUGUUCAUCUGCAAGUUGUUGGAAUGAACUUCAUCAUGAGUCUAAAAGGAAAGCCACGACUGCUUUGUUCAUAAAAGUGGCUUAGUUCAUCGCUACGUGCUUAUAAAAACACGUAUGGAUUUGUAAAAAAAUUCUGCGAGAGUGUUGGGCUGAAAAAAAAAAAAAAAAUGGAGUCAAAUAAAAGAAAACCGAGACCUACAGCAUUUUUGAAAAAUAAUCGUGACUUAUUCAGCGAGUUUAAUUUCAAAUUUGAAGGCUUAAGCAAGAAUGUGGAAAAUAAUUUCUCACAUUACGUCAAGGCGCUGGGAGGAACAGUCUGUCAAAAUAAGCAGUAUGUUUUGUGCGAUGAUGAUUAUUUUUCCCAGCCAGACAAUAAAUCGAGAACGGACUUGUACUCCAUAAGAUUUGUUACAGAUGCAAUAAUCAACCAAAAAGUUUCUGAUAUUGAAAAGUAUAGAUACGUCAACAAAUCUAUAAGAAAUAAAGAAAACUGCAUUUAUAAUGGAAAAACUGCUGAACAUGUACACAUCAAAGAUAAGAAAGUUGAUCAAGAUUCCGAUGAUUAUUCCGACGUCUCAGACGUUAUACUCCCCAAUCCAGUAUUCAAACGUCAAAAUUUACCUAAGCGGCACGAUAGUUCCAAAAGUGCCAGUGAAAGUCAUAGUAACAUUUCAAACAAAAUCUCUCACAAACGAGAGCGUUCCAUUUCGCCUCCAGACAGAGCCCUUGAUAUACAAUCAAAUACCAAUGAUAGAGAAGCUGUCGGUGUUUUGUUAUCAUCUGAUGAAGAAGGUAAUACCCCAAAAAGGUUGAAAAAAAAAGUCAAGCAUGAGAGUGUUGAGAUUAUUCUGACAUCGAGUCCCGAAACAAAUGACUCGCUCGUUACUAAUCACAAUAGGUGUAAAGAAAACACUGAUAAAGAAUUGGAAGUAAAUGAUGAGCCUGAAAGUUUGAAGUCUUCCCUCGAAAUAAUUGAAUCAAGCGAUACAAAAUCGAGUACACCGUUAAAUAAAGAAGAACGAAUAAACUCAUCAAGUAGAAAAAAAUGCAGUACAUCAAAAUUAAAGAGAGAGGAAGUAAGCACAAUCACAAGUAAAAAAAAAUUAAGUAGAGUGUUUAGUAGAGAAACACUAAUCUCAUCAUCGAGUGAAGAAGAAUUGAGUACAACAUUGAAUAGAGAAAAAGCACGCAUAUCAUCAAGUAGAGAAAAAAUAUUUCAAGCAUUUAAUAGAGAAAAAUCAAACACAUCACUAAGCAGAGAAGGACUAGGUACAGCUGCAAGAAGAGAAAAAUUGAGCCCAUCACUGCUACAUAGAGAAAAACUAGGUACAGAAUUAAGAAGAGAAAAAUCAAGUACAACAUCGAGUGAAGAAAAACUGGAAAUAUUAAAUAGAGAAAAACCAAGCAGAUUACUACGUGUGGAAGAACUAGAUACAGCUGUCAAGAAAGAAAAAUUGAGCCCAUCACUACUACAUAGAGAAAAACUAGGUACAGAAUUAAGAAGAGAAAAAUCAAGUACAACAUCGAGUGGAGAAAAAAUUGGUAAAUUAUUGAAUGGAGAAAAAACAAUUACGUCGGCAACUAGAGAAGAAGAAAGUACAGCAUUACAUAAAAAAAAAUCAAGCACAUCAUUAAGUAGAGAAGAGCUAGGUGCAGCUGUAAAGAAGGAAAAAUUGAGCCCAGUAUUAAAUAGAGAAAAAGGAGGUUUAGAAUCAAGAAGAGAAAAAUCAAGUACACCAUCAAAUAGAGAAGACCUAGGUACAGCUGUAAAGAAAGAAAAAUUGAGUCCAGUAUUAAACAGAGAAAAAGGAGGUUUAGAAUCAAGAAGAGAAAAAUCAAGUACGUCAUCGACUAGAGAAACAUUAGGUAAAUCACUGAUUAGAGAAAAACCAAGCACAUCAUUGAGUAGAGAAGAUCUAGGUUCAGCUGUAAAGAAGGAAAAAUUGAGCCCAGUAUUAAAUAGAGAAAAAGAAGGUUUAGAAUCAAGAAGAGAAAAAUCAAGCAUAUCAUUAAGUAGAAACGAGCCAGGUGCAGCUGUAAAGAAGGAAAAAUUGAGCCCAGUAUUAAAUAGAGAAAAAGAAGGUUUAGAAUCUAGAAGAGAAAAAUCAAGCACAUCAUUAAGUAGAAACGAGCCAGGUGCAGCUGUAAAGAAGGAAAAAUUAAGCCCAGUAUUAAAUAGAGAAAAAGGAGGUUUAGAAUUAAGAAGAGAAAAAUCAAGUACAUCAUCGACUAGAGAAACAUUGGGUAAAUCAUUGAUUAGAGAAAAACCAAGUACAUCAGCAACUAGUGAAGAAGUAGAUGCAGUACUACAUAGAGAAAAACCAAGCACAUCAAAAAACGAAAAUAUUCCUGGUUUUAAAAGAUUAUCAAUCUUGUACUCCUCUGAGGAAGAAACAAGUGAUGGAGAAAAUAUGAAAGCUUCUAAAAAAGAAACAAUUACCUCAUGGAUUAAAUCAAAAAAAGAUCCUAAAAAUGCUAUUGAAAUGGAUGUAAAAAGUGAACAAUCUAGUCCUAACAUCUUCUCAGAUAGCGAUGAAGACAAUAAAUUGAAUAUANCUAUUGAAAUGGAUGUAAAAAGUGAACAAUCUAGUCCUAACAUCUUCUCAGAUAGCGAUGAAGACAAUAAAUUGAAUGAUGAAUGGUGGGUUGAUCGCUAUAUACCGAUAAAUGAAUCUUGCACAGUAACAGGUUGUACUUUUGAACCUAAUGUUCAUAAAAGACAUCUAAAAGUCUCAAAACACCUGUCUAUGGACGAGAAAAAGAUCUUACUUAAAUACUUGAUUAAGAAUAACAAAAUAAAGGAUGCCAAAGGUCAAAGAGUGUAUGAGCUAAUGCGUCACGAGGGGUAUUUAGAACACAGAAGUGUGGAAACCUUAAGGAACUGCUUUAGAAGAAGUAUUCUUCAUAAUUUGCAAAUUUUCAAUCUUCCACAAUAUAUUGCUGAUGAAUUGUCAGAGAUGGCUCAAGUAUUCCAGAAAGGAAAGGGAAGGAGACUCAAAGAUUGAUAUUAUCCAGUAUUUAUUUAUUUAUUUCAUAAACGUUGACGUAUUUUCUAUACUCAAUCGAGUCUUUCAUCAUCGCAAGAGAGCAAAAGUUUAUAUAAAUUUGAUGGAAUAAUAUUUCAAAAGAUAUCCGUACGCUCCACUAAUCAUAGUAUUUAAUUUUCAUCAUGGCUUAAUUUUUUUAAUAAAACAUAAUUUUCUUUUCUUAUAAAAAUAAAAAAUACGUAAGUACUGUUCGAUCAUAUAUUAUUGAUAUCUAAAUCAUGUGAGUAUA